AUGGUGUUCGUCUACCUUAUAAGGUAUGCAAAUAAAGUGGCAGAGAUAAAUCAUGGUAGCGUCAUCGCCAUUGAGAAUGACGGGGAGCGGUUGAAGAGCACUUUCUUCUCUCUUAUGGCUUGUUUGUUGGGGUUCAAGCAAGGGUGUAGGCCAUUACUUUUUGUUAACAAAACUCAAUUGCUGGGCAAGUAUGGUAGGAUUUUGUUAAGGUCAACAAGCAAAGAUUACAAUGAGGAUCUGUUUCAUAUAGCAUUCGCUAUCGUUGAUAAUGAAACAGACGAGAAUUGGACUUGGUUUCUUGUUACUCUCGGGGAGACAUUGCAUGGUCAAGAUGACUAUGACAAAAUUAUUACAUUCAUCUUGGAUUGGUCCAAGGGUCUUGUGAACACAGUCCCAAAAGUCUUCCCAUCAUUGUUGCAUGGUUAUUACCUAGGACAUUUGGAGGCAAACUUCAUGAAGACUAAUCCUGGACUCAGGAAAGCACUGAAAAAGCAGUGGUGGGCAGUAGUCAUCAAAACAAUGUGCAUUUACACAUCAAAAGAGUUUGAUGAUGCAUGUUUAAAUAUGAAUAUGCUGGCAGAGAGACAUGAACUAUCAAACAAGUGGGAUAUAUACAUUUUCCCUGAUAUACACAAGAAGGUUGAACAUAUAAUCAAAAAGAGUCGCUUUCUGAAGGUGGAUCGAUCCAACGUUGAAAGAAACGAAGUGGUUGAUGACCACAACAGUGUUGUCAGCUUGCUAAUCCGGAACUGUUCCUGCAGAAGAUGGGAAGUGUAUGGCCUCCCAUAUAACCAUGCAUGUGCCGUGAUUAUGCAAACAGACACGAAUGUGCACUAUUACAUAGACGAUUAUUUCACAGUUGAAUGA